AUGACUAGCUGGUGCGGAAAGCCUUUCUACGAGGUUGACUUCGGAUGGGGUAGUCCAGUCUGGACUGGAUUGGCCUCAAAACCCGAGCAAGACGUGGUGGUUGUGGUGCUGCUUGAUUCAAAAGAUGGUGAAGGUGUAGAAGCCUGGAUAAGCUUGCCGGAGCAAGACAUGUCCGUUUUCCUCCGUGACCAAGACUUGCUCGCUUAUGCCGUUCUAAAUCCCCCUGUCCUGACCUAA